UAUGAGUGAUGCUGCAGUGGUGUGUAGAGAGCUGGGCUGUGGAGAGGCUGUAGAUGCACUGAGUGAUGCUCACUUUGGACCAGGAUCAGGACCAAUCUGGAUGAAUUAUGUGGACUGUAGUGGAUCAGAGUCUACACUGAAGAACUGUAGAUCAUCAGGGUGGAGUGAACAUACAUGUGAUCACUCUAAAGAUGCUGGAGUCAUUUGUUCAGGAGUGAGGCUGGUUGGUGGUUCUCGCUGCUCUGGAAGAGUGGAGGUUCUUCAUGGAGAGACCUGGUCCACAGUGUGUGAUGCUGACUUUGACCAGCAGGAUGCAGAGGUUGUGUGUCGAGAGCUGGGCUGUGGGCUUCCUGUGGAGGUACUGGGAGCAGCUGCUUUUGGCAGAGGGGAGGGUCAGAUGUGGUCAGAGGAGCUUCAGUGUAGAGGCAACGAAUCUCAGAUUCACUUCUGUCCAACAUCAUCUUCACUCAAACACAACUGCUCCCAUGACAGUGAUGUGGGACUGGUGUGUGCUGCUUUGAUUAAUAAGCUGUAUUUAAAUGUUGACACUAAUCUUCUGAUAAUCUCUUUCUCUGUUUCUCUCUGUUGUACAGUCAGUGUGAGGUUGGUGGAUGGUGGCAGUCGCUGUGCUGGGAGAGUAGAGGUUCUUCAUAGAGGACAGUGGGGAACAGUGUGUAGUUUUUCCUGGGAUAUGAGUGAUGCUGCAGUGGUGUGUAGAGAGCUGGGCUGUGGAGAGGCUGUAGAUGCUCCAGUACUUGCUCAUUUUGGAAGCGGCCAUGGACCAAUCUGGAUGAAUUAUGCAGACUGUAGUGGAUCAGAGUCCACACUGAAGAACUGUAAAUCACAGGGAUGGGGGAAACAUAACUGUUAUCAUUUUAUAGAUGCUGGAGUCAUCUGCUCAGGUAAAAAGUCCAGAAUUACUGAUGGUUUCCAUCUAUGUUCUGGGAGAGUGGAGGUGCUUAAUGUGAAGACCUGGUCCACAGUGUGUGAUGCUGACUUUGACCAGCAGGAUGCAGAGGUUGUGUGUCGAGAGCUGGGCUGUGGGCUUCCUGUGGAGGUGCUGGGAGCAGCUGCUUUUGGCAGAGGGGAGGGUCAGGUGUGGUCAGAGAAGCUUCAAUGUAGAGGCAGCGAAUCUGAGAUUUCCUUCUGUCCAACAUCAUCUUCACUCAAACACAACUGCACUCAUGGCAGUGAUGUGGGACUGGUGUGUUCUGGUCACACAGGGGUUCGGCUGGUGAACAGCUCUGACUCCUGUUCUGGUCGAGUGGAGCUCCAGUACCUCAGUGAGUGGGGCACAGUGUGUGAUGCAAGCUGGGAUAUAAGAGCUGCCAGUGUCCUCUGUGGUCAGCUGAAUUGUGGGAGUGCUGUUGCUGUGUUGGGGUCAGACUGGUUUGGGGAGGGAAGUGGCCAGAUCUGGGCUGAUGUGUUUGAUUGUCAGGGGAACGAAACCCACCUGUCAAAAUGUCCCAUUUCAUCAUGGAGUCGAACUGCAUGCUCUCAUAAACAGGAUGCUGGAGUCAUCUGCAGUGGUUCCUCUCUGGCAUUUCAUGAGGGGAGAGUGCGGUUGUCUGGAGGGAUGGAGUGUGAGGGGGAGGUGGAGGUGUACUUCAGGCAGGACUGGAGGAGAGUUCUGCUGGACUCCUGGAGUGAGUCUGAGGCCUCUGUGGUCUGCAGACAGCUGGGCUGUGGCUCUGUGUUCAGCUUCUCCAGCUCCUCUCCACCCAGUCCUGAACACAGACACAUGUGUAUGACGGGUUUCAAUUGUUCUGGGAGUGAAGCUCAUCUGGGAAACUGCAGCAGCGCACAAGCAGUCAACUGCAGCUCCAGAGAACGGCUCUCAAUCACCUGCUCUGGUAAGUUUAAUUCAGCUCACAGCUCCAUCAGGCUGGUUGGUUCUGGGGGAGACUGUGCAGGAAGGCUGGAGGUUUUCCACAGCGGCUCAUGGGGGACAGUGUGUGAUGAUUUGUGGGAUAUUAAGGAUGCACAGGUGGUCUGCAGACAGCUGCAGUGUGGAGUGGCUCUCAGUGCUCCGGUACCAGCCCAGUUUGGACCAGGAACUGGACGCAUAUGGCUGAAUGAGGUGGAGUGUGAGGGGAACGAGACGUCCCUGUUGAACUGCAGAUUUCAGCAGUGUGGAGAGGAUGAAUGUGGACACAUGGAGGAUGUAGGAGUUUUGUGCUCAGAGUUUACAGAGAUCAGACUCACUGAGGGCUGUGAGGGGAAUCUGGAAGUGUUCUACAAUGGAACCUGGGGUAAUGUGUGUUCAAACGAAAUGUCUGAAGAAACAGCAAGUGUGAUUUGUCGAGAGCUGAACUGCGGAAAAUCCGGCCGUGUGUCCUGGGGCAGAACAAGAGUGGAAUCAGCUCCUAAUUGGCUGGAUCAUGUGAAAUGUAGGAAACAUGACUCCACUCUGUGGCAUUGUCUAUCUUCACCCUGGGGACAGAACAACUGUGAUAAAAACAAUGAAGUGGCUCAAUUAACCUGCUCAGGUAGGCAGCUGAGGGGAGUAAAUGGAAGCUGCUCUGGGAGGCUGGAGGUGUACCAUAAUGCUGAGUGGGGGUCUGUCUGUCAUAACCAAUGGGACACCAUGGAUGCUCAGGUGGUCUGCAGGCAGCUGGGCUGUGGGCCGGCGCUGAGUGCUGAUGGGAGUGCUGUCUUUGGUGCUGGUGAAGGGCCUAUCUGGCUGAACAGAGUGAAGUGUAGAGGGAAUGAGAUUCACCUGUGGGACUGUCCUCAUUCCCUGAAGAACCACACUGACUGCUCCCACAGGCAGCACGCCAGAGUCACUUGCACAGACAUAUCAGAACCUUCUACUAUUGCACCCAAAAGUACCACCACCACCUCCACCACCACAGUUGGUCAGCCAGAUAAGGGGACAACCACUCCAUCACCAGCUGUUCUGUUCAUCUAUCCAGUGUCUCUCCUGGUUCUGGGAGCGGUGCUCUUCCUGGCCUUAGUGCUUCUGGUUGUGCUGUUUUACCAGAACAGAGUACUCAGGAGAGUGCUCUCUAAGAGGAGGCGUAAGACUCUGACUGAGGCAGUCUAUGAGGAGAUCGACCGCAGAAACAUCACUAAAAGAAAUGACUCGAUUCAAAGAGGACGUAUCCUCUCUGAAGAACAGCAUUCAGGAUAUGAGGAUGUGGAUGAGGAGCUUCUCUCAGGUGAAUCAGCAAAAGAGGACACAGCAGAGGACUAUGAUGAUGUCAUCACUGCUGGACAGAUCUCUGAGAGUGUAGCAGAGGACGCAGCAGAGAAUUAUGAUGAUGUCAUCACUGCUGAUCAGAGCUCAGCUGUUCUAACAGAAGACAUGACAGAUAACUAUGAUGAUGCUGUUACCACUGGACCAAACUCCAACAUUAUGACAGUGGACACACCAGAGAACUAUGAUGAUGUUAUCACUGCUGGACAGGAUGUAGGAGGGGUAAAAGGGGCUCGACUGGUGAACGGCUGUGACUCCUGUUCUGGUCGAGUGGAGCUCCAGUACCUCAGUGAUUGGGGCACAGUGUGUGAUGGGAGUGGCCAGAUCUGGGCUGAUGUGUUUGAUUGUCAGGGGAACGAAACACACCUGUCAAAAUGUCCCAUUUCAUCAUGGAGUCGAACUGCAUGCUCUCAUGAACAGGAUGCUGGAGUCAUCUGCAAUGGUUCCUCUCUGGCGUUUCAUGAGGGGCGAGUGCGGUUGUCUGGAGAGAUGGAGUGUGAGGGGGAGGUGGAGGUGUACUUCAGGCAGGACUGGAGGAGAGUUCUGCUGGACUCCUGGAGUGAGUCUGAGGCCUCUGUGGUCUGCAGACAGCUGGGCUGUGGCUCUGUGUUCAGCUUCUCCAGCUCCUCUACAUCCAGUCCUGAACACAGACACAUGUGUGUGACGGGUUUCAGUUGUUCUGGGAGUGAAGCUCAUCUGGGGAACUGCAGCAGCGCACAAGCAGUCAACUGCAGCUCCAGAGAACAGCUCUCAAUCACCUGCUCUGCCAUCAGGCUGGUUGGUUCUGGGGGAGACUGUGCAGGAAGGCUGGAGGUUUUCCACAGCGGCUCAUGGGGGACAGUGUGUGAUGACUUGUGGGAUAUUGAGGAUGCUCAGGUGGUCUGCAGACAGCUGCAGUGUGGAGUGGCCCUCAGUGCUCCGGUACCAGCCUGGUUUGGACCUGGAACUGGACCCAUAUGGCUGAAUGAGGUGGAGUGUGAGGGGAACGAGACGUCCCUGUGGAACUGCAGAUUUCAGCAGUGUGGAGAGGAUGAAUGUGGACACAAGGAGGAUGUAGGAGUCGUGUGCUCAGAGUUUAAAGAGAUCAGACUCACUGAGGGCUGUGAGGGGAAUCUGGAAGUGUUCUACAAUGGAACCUGGGGUAAUGUGUGUGUUAAUGGGAUGGAUGAAGAAACAGUAAGUUUGAUCUGUCAGGAGCUGAACUGUGGAAAGUCUGGCAGUGAGAAACCUACUGAAGCAAGAGUGGAAUCAGCUCCUAACUGGCUGGAUAAUCUGAAAUGUAGAAAAUAUGACUCCACUCUGUGGCAUUGUCCAUCUUCACCCUGGGGACAAAACACCUGUAAUAAUCACAACGAGGUGGCUCACAUUACCUGCUCAGACAGGGGAAGCUCACCACCUGCUCAUCCAACAUGCUUUUUAUCUCCACACCAGCAGCAGUGCUCAAAUCACCUGCCUCUCAGGCUGAGUGGAACUGAGGGAAGCUGUUCUGGGAGGCUGGAGGUGUAUCAUAACACUGAGUGGGGGUCUGUCUGUGAUGAUCUCUGGGACAUAAGGGAUUCUCAGGUGGUCUGCAGGCAGCUGGGCCAGCACUGA